AUGGACGACACCUGUGCGAAUCCCUUGCUAUUGGGAUGGCUCAAAGAAUGGCUAGACCAGGCUCGCGAGCGUGGCAGCAAAGGGGUCACUGUGUACAAAAAGGCUUAUGAGUCGAUGAAAGCCUGUCCACUGGUGUUCCAGCAUCCGUCUGAGGCACAGCAACUCAACGGACUUGGACCCAAGCUAUGUGAUCGCUUAACGGACAGACUAAAGGCGUAUUGUGAGGAAAAUGGCCUGCCGAUGCCUGAACAUCCUCAGAAGGCAGCAGCAAAUAAGAGGCAAUCCGACGGAGGGGAUCCAGAUAGUCAACCAGCGAAGAAACAACGAAAAGCGAAGCCAUACGUGCCCAGUCUCCGGUCCGGUCCUUAUGCGCUGCUCUUGGGUCUAGCAACCCUUGACGAGAAUGCCUCCCAAGGCUUGACAAAGGCUCAGUUGAUUGAGAAGGCGCAGCCUCAUUGUGACAACUCCUUCACUGUGCCUCCCGACGCAUCCAAGUUCUACACGGCUUGGAGUUCGAUGAAAACCCUCAUGCAGAAGGAACUUGUAUACGACCACGGACGCCCGCUUCGGAAAUACGCUUUGACGGAGGAAGGCUGGGAAGUUGCGAAGAGGAUCAUGAAGACCUUGCCAGGAUCAGAACAGAGCACACUGACGUUCAGGCAUCGAUCGACUACAAUUGCGAUGGAGCAAUUUAGCGAGAACGGAGAGGAUACCAACGCCGGUGUACGCCGUAGGGACCAUGGCUUAGCUGCUCCCGAUUUCCUCCGUGAUGAAGCCUGUGCAGAUGACGAGGAUAUCCAGAUUCACGACCAAAUCCAGACUCAGAAACCAUUUGAUGACUCCCGAAUAGAACCCAUCACUCUCCCCGCCAACAGUUUCACGGUUCAGCUGGUACUGGACACGCGCGAAGUCCGAUCAUCCAAAGACCGAGACUAUAUUGCCAAUGAGCUGAGCAAGAAGGGCAUCACCCCUGAAGUUCGUGCGCUUGAGCUGGGCGAUGCGAUGUGGGUUGCCAGAUGCAAUGACCCAUCGUUCCUCUUCCAGUACGGGGAGGAAUGCAACGAAGCGAUGCUUGACUGGAUCGUAGAACGGAAGAGACUGGACGACCUGAUCGGCUCCAUCAAAGACGGGCGCUUCCACGAGCAGAAAUUCCGUCUCCGUCGCUCCGGGAUCAAGAACGUGAUCUACCUCAUCGAAGAAUACGCCGCCGUCCUCCAGGACAUGGGCAAUCCCUCCACCAUCAAAUACCAGGAAAUGGUCGCCUCGGCCAUCGCCUCGACGCAGGUCGUCAACGGCUACUUUGUCAAGCAGACGAAAAACCUCGACGACACAAUCCGCUAUCUCGCUCGCAUGACAUCCCUCCUGCAGAAAAUGUACUGCUUCUCGCCCCCGACACACACCCUCCGCCUAAUCCCGAGCCGACAGCUCUCCUCUGCCGAGUCAUACCUAACCACGCUCGAGCGUCUCCGAGCGCAAAACCCUUCCAUAACCUACGCUGUCACAUUCUCGACCUUCUCCGCGCUAACGUCAAAAUCCGACAUCCUGUCCCUUCGCGACGUGUACCUGAAGAUGUUGAUGUGCACGAGAGGCGUCACAGGUGACAAGGCCCUUGAGAUCCAGAAGCGGUGGCCCACCCCGCGGGAAUUCAUCGAAGCGUUCGAGAAGCUGGACCCCAAGGAUCGAGACGAUUUGGUCUUUGAACGGACUAAGACGUUGGUUGGCCGGAAGAAGAUGGGGAAGGUUCUCAGUAAGAAGAUCGCGGAUAUCUGGGGCGUGGCGGGAUAA